GGCCACAGUAAUGAAAUGGCGACCAAUGGUGAUUUAUCGAUGAUCUCGCCGCCAACGUCUUCCAUUUCAAACGAUCAAGAUCCGUUUGGACAGCUGCCCCCGCUCCCGCCGUUGCGUUCCACCCAAGUGCUUCAGCCAUUGAGCGUAUUUCCAGUGUCCAAUUUGAGCGAAGAUUCUUACGAUUAUGUUUUUGGUGGUCGACGUAAGACUCCGCCCACAACAACGACAACACAACUCAAGCUGACCUCGCCGCCAGUUCGCUUGCGACCCGAAGACGCCUAUCGAGGUGAGAAUAUAAACAACGGACGUUUCUAUCGCCAUUCCUUCAGCUAUGCCCCAAAACGUCAACGCCACUCGAGUCGUGAUGAUCGUGACCGCGAGUCAAGAUUAAGAUGUCAUGGCGAGGAUGAGGCCACUUUGCGCCAAUUGCUGCUCGAUUUGCAAAAGCAAGUUAGCGUGAUGAGCAUGAAUCUAUCAGCGAAACUCGAUGAGCUGCAGCGAGGCGAUCGACACCUGGAGACGACAGUCGCCUUGUGCGAAAUCCGGACACAGCUGCAGGAGCUGACCAAGUCCGUGGAGAGCUGCCAGAGCGAAGUAUCUGAGGUCAAACGUGACAUGGUGGCUAUCAAACAUGAACUGGACACUGUGCAGCAGGUGAAGGAGGAGAUUGAGGAGCUGCGCGAAUAUGUCGACAGACUGGAGGAGCACACACACAGACGGAAGCUAAGACUUUUAGAACAAGGUCUGACCUUCUUUCUCACCUACUCCAUAUUCUCGGCGGUGCUGGGCAUGCUGCAGUUUGGCUACAACACUGGAGUCAUCAAUGCGCCCGAGAAGAAUAUUGAGAAUUUCAUGAAGGAUGUAUACAAGGAUCGCUAUGGCGAGGACAUUAGCGAGGAGUUCAUACAGCAGCUCUACUCGGUGGCAGUCUCCAUAUUCGCCAUCGGCGGUAUGCUCGGCGGUUUCAGCGGUGGCUGGAUGGCCAAUCGCUUUGGCAGAAAAGGCGGUCUAUUGUUGAACAAUGUGCUUGGUAUUUCGGGCGCUUGUUUGAUGGGUUUUACCAAAGUUAGUCAUUCCUAUGAAAUGUUAUUCCUUGGCCGAUUUAUAAUUGGUGUUAAUUGCGGUCUCAAUACAUCGUUGGUGCCAAUGUACAUCUCUGAAAUAGCGCCACUGAAUCUACGCGGUGGCUUAGGUACUGUUAAUCAAUUGGCUGUGACUGUAGGUUUACUAUUAUCCCAGGUGCUGGGCAUUGAACAAAUCUUAGGCACUAAUGAGGGCUGGCCCAUACUCCUGGGUCUGGCCAUCUGUCCAGCAAUAUUGCAAUUAAUAUUACUGCCAGUUUGUCCCGAAUCACCCAGAUAUUUGCUCAUCACCAAACAAUGGGAGGAGGAGGCGCGUAAAGCACUGCGUCGCCUGCGCGCCUCCGGCUCGGUGGAUGAGGACAUUGAGGAAAUGCGCGCCGAGGAGCGUGCUCAGCAGUCCGAGAGCCAUAUAUCGACCAUGGAGCUCAUCUGUUCGCCCACGUUGCGUCCGCCAUUGAUCAUUGGCAUCGUGAUGCAGCUGAGUCAACAGUUUAGCGGUAUCAACGCCGUCUUCUACUACUCCACAUCGCUCUUCAUGAGCUCCGGACUGACUGAGGAGAGCGCCAAGUUUGCCACGAUAGGCAUUGGCGCAAUUAUGGUUGUAAUGACUUUGGUCUCCAUACCGCUGAUGGAUCGCACAGGUCGUCGAACCCUGCAUCUUUAUGGAUUGGGCGGCAUGUUCAUCUUCUCCAUCUUCAUAACGAUUUCGUUCCUGAUCAAGGAAAUGAUCGACUGGAUGUCAUAUCUCUCGGUGGUGGCCACCCUCGGCUUCGUCGUCUUCUUCGCCGUGGGACCCGGCUCCAUACCCUGGAUGAUCACCGCGGAGCUCUUCUCGCAGGGACCGCGGCCCAGUGCCAUGGCCAUUGCAGUGCUGGUCAAUUGGAUGGCCAACUUUGUGGUCGGCAUUGGUUUCCCCAGCAUGAAGACCGCAUUGGAGAACUACACUUUCUUGCCAUUUAGCGUAUUCUUAGCCAUAUUUUGGAUAUUCACCUACAAGAAGGUUCCUGAGACCAAAAACAAAACCUUUGAAGAGAUCUUGGCUCUCUUCCGUCACAACAACGGCAGGAGUAUGCUAAACUGCACAAAUAGCUUGGAGCCACAAAGUAUGAAUUCUGGCAUCGAGCAUGCCGCAUUGAUGGUAUCUGAGGAGAAGACCCAACAUGACUCACUGUUUGGUACGACUUCGUUCUCGUUGACGGUUGAAGGCAUGGGUCCAUAUCCGUUAAGCGAUAGCACCAAUCUCUUGGGUCCAACGUCAACAAGUUAUAUGAGCGGCGGAGUCGGCGUGGCCGGCUCCUCCUCGGCUUGCUACACAAACUACGGUACAAAUAUACAAACACCAGUUCCUAAUCGCAAAUGCUACUACAAUGAGUCUGACUAUGGCCGAGAUGAUAACUUUCGCCGGCACUCGGCGCACGGAAGAAUGUCAUCUGCAUCCGAGCGAUUUUUAGACGGCGGCCGAAGUACACACCAGGGCCGGAGCGCUGCCUCUGUGCCCCAUCACCUUCGUCAGCAAGCACCUGUUUGCCAGAACAGCGGGCCUUGACUGAGGAACGCCUCACCUCCUGAAACUGCCAGUGUACAUUCAACGAGUCGCGCUGAGGAGCAACAACAGCAGCAACAGCAGCAACAACAGCAACCGCAACAUGAACAGCAGUGCUCGUCGUCCUCUCAGCAUCAGCAUCAACCCUGUUACACCACACACGAAUACGUACAUUGUAGCUAUGAGAAGGAAAUCGUAUGUGAUCAGGCACCGCUGCCAUCGCACACACAACAACACAAGCAUGAGCAGUCCCAGGAGGCGGUAGCCAUCAUUUCCCACUGCCAUCAGACGCAACAACAGCAGCAGCAGCAGCCGCAGCAGUCGUCGCAGUCGCAACGCAAGCACAGCCACAGUCACAGUCCGCACCACAGUCGCCACACUUCACCGCACAGUCAUCACUCGCAUCUGGGUCAGGGUCAGAGUCAGAGUCAAUCACAAUCUCAGUCGCAAUCACAAUCGCAAUCCCAAUCUCAGUCGCACUCUCAUCAUCAUCACUAUCGCCGUCGACGUCGGCAGCACAGUGUCGCUGCUGUCGGUGGCAGCGGCAGCUUGCCAGGCGCCCACACCCAACACUCCCACUCAGGAGGCGGUGGCCACCACAGCGCACGUCACGUGUGCAGCAGUCGACGUCAUCGCUCGGUCACCGAUGUGUCCUGCAACUCGAUCAACGCCUGCCAGGAUGCAGCGUGUGCCGAUCGCGAAGUCCAGGAGAUAAUGGUGCGCAAGUCCUGCUGCAGUGCCUCACGCACUGAGCUGGCCCAAUACUUUGCCGAGGAUCUCUACGGCGCAUCCUCACGUCGUCCCAGCUCGUGUUGCACCAGUUCCGAUUAUUGCUAUCAAACGGACUCCACCAGUCUGUACGGUUCACGCUCCUCGCUCAGUCGCAACAACUCCAUCAAGUCCGCCUCGGCUGCCAUGCGCCAGCAGCAGCGUCUCCAAGCUCGCCAACCCAGCUACACUUCCAUCUCGUUGCGUGGCCUCAACGCCAGUCGACCCAACAGUCAGCUGGGCUCGUUGACUUCCAUCUUCGAUCGUGCCAAGCAGAUUGCCGACGACAGCAAGUACACGGAACAGCAGGAUGCGGCUCGUCAGUCGGCCAUGACGCCUUCGCGUGGCUCCACGCUGGAGCGGCACAGCUCCAAGGGAGCUCUGAGCAACGAGCUGCCCGAGUACGCUUGUUCCCCAUCGCCCAUACGCUGGAGUUUCCUCGCCGACGGAAAGUCCCCGACGGAGUUUGAGCUAGAGGGCGCUGUGGGAGGCAACACGGAUACAGCACAGGCAAGCUCAGCUGCUGUCGAGGAUAAGCUGGAUGCGUGGCAUGUGCCCGAGCCGGAGGUGAAGCCCUGCCGCAAGCGCACGAGCAGCUGGAAGAGUUCGCUAUACGAUGAGGGACCGAGCACAUCGGCAGCGGCUGCGGCACGCAAACGACGUGGCAGCAACUAUCAUUGCGAGUUCGAGGAGUCGACGACGGUGCUGUUCCAUCAGGAUCAGGAGGGGGAGACGUACAACAAUUGCUGCAACAACUACAUACAGUGCAACACGUAUCUGGAUCAGGAUCUGCAGAUAACCAGCGAGGAUAUACAUCAGUAUUUGUCGAAGGGAAAUCCGACGGUGGGCGAUGUGCUCAACAAUUCGAAGAACUAUCCGUUUCAGCCAAGCAAUGCACUCGAAUUCCAGUACAAGAACAACUUUCAGCAGGGCAACAACAAUGCCAACAACAACACGAACACCACAAACACCGCCUCGAGCGAUGCGGGGGAAUGCUUUCAACGCUACGAGCGCAGCUAUCACACCAGCGCCUCCAGCAAGGAGACGAAUUUGAAUCAAAAUGCCAGUGGCCAGGCGGCAGCAACAGAGCCGAUGUCUCCCAGCAACAUUAACCUGUCGAGCAGCAGCAACAACAUCAAUAUCGUGUUCAGCAGCAGCAGCCAGGAGCGCAAUGCCAACGAGGUGAAGUUCAUCAACAAUCGCAGCGGAGGCGCGGACAGAGAGCGAGAGCGAGGUGUUGGCGAGGUGACGGACUCCUCGACGAUGGUCAGCUCGGAGGCGCAUCAUGCCGGGUACUUGCCUUACACGUAUCCCAGCUAUGAUUAUACCAACAUGUCGGGCAACUCGCACUUUGAGAAACCGCUGGGCAUCGAUGAGUUGCCCAAGGAAUUCGCUGGCGCCCAUUUGGAUGGCGGAGGUUCGACGACCAGCGAGCAUUCGUCAUCGCUGCACUUUGAUUCGUUCGAUGCGGCAUCGGAGCACAAUCUGUUGUCGCAACCGAUGUCGCCUGGUUCGCCUGGCUCCGUUUCGGUCUCGGUGAAUCCUGUUGGCGAUGGUUAUAUGCAUCUGCAUCACUCGCAUCUCGAGCAUCCUCAUCAGCAGCAGCAUUAUCAUGGCUCGCAGUACUCGCACAGCUAUUCACAGCACGCUCAUCAUGCCCAUCACAGCACCAACACAACUUGCACCAACAGCACGUGCACCUAUGCUUAUGGCCCCCACACGCCCCACGACCUGGCCGAGGAGCAAUUCCGGCUGGGGAAUGCUUUGAAGAAGGUGCGCAAGCGUGCACGCAAAUACACCGAUUUUCUGCGCAAGAAGUGAAGAGCGGGACACGUGAGACCUCCUUGCUGAUAACCUCCUCCUUCCACCCCCUUCGUCCCUCUAGAUUCGCCAUACUUUGGUCGCAAGUAUGUCGUCGUCUCGAAGUCGCAGCCGCGUCGCUCGCAAAGCCUGGACGAGGAUUAGCUGUGGAUAAUUGUGGAUUGUGGAUGGAACAACAACAACAACAACAACAUAAGAAAGAUCAACAUCAGCAUUUUUAUCGCACACUUUUCGAAAAGCAAUAACUAAACAUUUUUCAUCAAAAACAAAAAUCACUUCGAACGAAAUUAAUUAAUUUAAAUUUAUACACUGCCAAAAAGACGAAGACGAAGUUUAGAUGUUUGAAAUUUAUUAAUAUUUAUUUGUGGUAGGCCAAAUUGUUAAGUGCGAUGGACACACAUAAGAACACACUCACACAUACUGAUUCACAUGCGGCAGCCAGCUACAAAAAUACAACAACAAGAUGAACAAGACGAUGAACAACAACAACAACAACCACAACAACGACUAUUUUAAAAGAAUUACUAAGCUAACAGUGCGUAUACAUGAUAAGUAUGAACAUUUGUAUAUUCAACUUAAUGAUUAAGUACAGGUUUUGAAUUUGCAUAUUUAAAUUACGAAUACGAAAAAGAAAAAGAAAAAGAAAAGAAAAAGGCAAAUGCAAAUAAUAAUGCACAACUACCCAAGAAAACAUAACAUAGUUAUUAAA